CAUUUGAGUUUGGUAAUAAAUGUUGAUAGGAAAGACAAAUUAUCAAUUAUCAAAAUCAGCAAUUAUGGAUGAAGAAUUGCGACAAUUACAACUUGAUAAACGUAUAAAAGGAAAGAGUGAACAACUGCUAAGGCAACAUUCGUCAAUCAGUUCAGAUUUAGCACCAGUAGAACGUGCAUGUCAACUAUUAAAUAAGGGCGAUGAAAUUCAACGAAUAAAUGUCCUGAAUUCGUUACCAGAGUUAGCGAUGACUGAAAAACAGGCAGUUUAUAAUAAAUUAUUACCAAAAGUGAUAAGUUUAUUACCACAAUCAUCAGCUGAAUUUCAAAUUGUCGCUGCUAAAAUGUUUCGAAUGUUUGCUGAACGUAAUUUGUCUGUAUCAACAUUGUUACCAGUAGCAUUAACAGGACUUCAGCAUGUUGAUGCGACCGUACUACAAGCAUGGUCUGAUGCACUGAUGGAUGUUAUUCCACGAUUAUCAGGCAAAGUUAUACAGUCCCAGGUACUAUCAUUUAUAAUGAAAGAUUUACAAAAACAAUCAUCUAAACAAAAAAAGAUGAGUUAUGCCAGAUUGUUAGGUGUGAUAUCUGAACAGCCUGCCGUUGAAGUAGCAGUAGUUAAAAGCUUUUUAAAUACCGUGAUAGAUUUAUCAAGAGACCCGAUUCCAGAAGUUCGAGGCACAAUGUGUUUACAAUAUCCAGCGAUUGUCGAAAAAAUUGGACUUGAAAAAUCCAUAUUAGAAUACAUUGCUUUCUUUGGUAAAGACGAAAAUCCAAUUGUGCGUGGAUCUUUAUUAUCUGUAAUUGGAUUGAUGUGUAAAGACUUUUCACAAGAUUCAUGGAAAAUUCAUUCAUUAAUCGAUGUGUGUUCAAAUGCUGACGACGAUACAAAAAUAAUUCUUGCCAAAGAAAUCGGUAUUUUAUCUUUGUGUUUAUCAAAUUGUGCUAGCGCUAAAGAAUUAUCUUUUAUUAUAAAUGUUUACCAAAAAUUAAGUAUGGCUGGAUUAUCAGUUACUGAAAUGAAAAAAGGAUCUGAUCCAUCAAGAAGUGUAGCAACUAGACAACAAUGUGCCAUGUCUCUACCGCAAAUGACAAAUUUUAUAAUGUCAAAACCGAAUAUACCAGAAGAUGUUAUAUAUGCGAUUAUUAAAACUUUAACGUCAGAUCCAUGUUAUGCUGUACGGCGACAAGCCGCUAAUAAUUUUCAAGAUAUUGUUAAAUUUAUGGGAAAUAAAAUAAAUAUUCUCAUAGACAUAUUUUUAAGAUUGCUUCGAGAUAGUUCCGAUGAUGUUCUUGUAUGUUUGAUACCAAAUUUAUCAGGUACGCUAAAUCAGUAUGCAAAACAAGGUGUACUUCAAACGAAAAAGAUAGAUACCAACAUAAAUGAAUUUGGAAGAUCACUAUUAAAAUGCCAGGCAAACGUGUUCAAAUUAAAUCAUUGGCGAAUUCAAGCAAUUUAUUUAAGACAAAUAGAAUUUUUACCAGCAGUUUUUCCUAGCGACUAUAUUAACACACAAUUUCUUCCAGUAAUAUUUAAUAUAAUUACUAAGGGUGGUCCAAAGCCUGUAAGAAAACAAGCAAUUCGUACUGUUUUAAAAUUUUUAAGAUAUAAUAUUAAACAAGAACAAAGAAAUAAUAUGCGAAUUCGAUUAGUAUCCGAAAUAGCUAGAAGCCAAUUGUUUUACACUCGAAUAUUAUUUAUCAGCAUGUGUAACGAUUGUUUGGAUAUAUUUAGUACGGAAUAUUUCAAAACACAUUUUUGUGAAGUGUUCUUGUCAUUAGCUGAUGAUGAAGUUCCUAAUAUAAGAUUACUGGUUUUAACAUUUUUACCGAGAAUUAAAAGAUUUUUUUUCAAACCAAACGACAACAAUUUAAUAGCAAUGUUGGAUAAACUUAUUUUAAAGCGAAAUGAGAUUGAAAGGGAUAUAGAUUGUCGUAAAAUAUUAAAUUCAGUAAUUGUUCAAGUUCGAUCGAUAAAUAUAAUUACUCAAAAGACCAUUAAGUGUCCGACCCCACUUGAUCAACGUCUUUACCAAGAAGAGAUUAGAUUCGAUGUAUUUGUUUGACCAUUAUGGUUAUCAAACAUUUAUCACAUGCCAAAUAAAAUGUUUUGGCCGCC